GCGUCUGACUUUCAAGUUGGAACGCGUUAAUGGACAUGUGAUCUCUGUCGCAAUCGGAUAAGACGGAGAAGACGGAUAAUCAUUCAAAUUUUCAUUCUCCUUCCAUCACCACCAAGCGCCACUGGUGAAAUUUUCAUUCUGGCUUGAGAAAGGCAAGCAGGAGCAUGGAAGUCGGCCUGGGAGCUUGCAUCCCCCCAGAGCUGUUUCCAGAGAUUAUCCGUCAUGUCGAGGAGAGGGAAGAUUUGGAGGCUUGUUGUCUCGUCUGCCGCGCCUGGUGUCGAUUCGCACAGCGAUACAUUUUCCGUACCCUCGACCUUUCCUACGAAGUCGAGUGCGCGAUAUGGAACGCGCAAUUUAACGCGUUCCCUAGACUCGUACCGAUGGUGGAAGAGGUCAUCCUGAAUGGCAGUCAGGAGUAUUUCUCCAGCAACGAUAACGACGAGGAAGCUUCAGACCCUUGGUUCAUGGAGGGCCCAGAAGCGACCCAUCUCGUCUCUCGCUUGACAAAUGUCAGGUACCUAUCACUUUCUGAUUUCCAGGACUUUAGCUCCGACCUUUGUUGGCACCUCACCAGCUUCGCGUCGCGCGUCGAGGCCCUCAACCUCUCAGACGUGUAUUUCUCGGAACCUGCCGACCUCUGCGUGCUCCUCGCUCUCAUGCCGAACCUUCAUUGGCUUGCCCUCCACUGUGUGGGCGAUUGGACGGAUUAUUACGAGUCCGGCAAGUUUCUGCUCAUGCAGGUCUGCGUUCCCAGAGCGGUUGAGUUGAGAACACUCAUGCUGUUUGAUGCGUAUGAACGUGUGGACCUCAUUGUGUGGCUUCUCGGCCGCUUUUUCGAUUUGAGGGGGUUGGAAACCCUGCGAAUCUCUUGGGACGUGCCGACAAACACCGAUAUUAAGGCGCAUCCGACGAGGUAUAACCUAGUGGAGAAGCUCUUUAUUGCAUGUUUCACGGUCAGGCAUAUGUCGUUUUCGGUUUGCAGGACUAACCAUGUUGAUCAGUGUCUUGAACAUUUCGUUAAGGCCAAGAGUUUUCGUUGUUUCCAGUCGCUGGAGACGAUUUCAUUCUCAAGCGGAACAUCUACAGAUGUUGGCAACUAUCAUUGUAUUGAUUUGAAGAAUCUUGGCGUACCUGUGAAGAUCCUGGAAUGUCUCCCAGGGCUUUCAGUCUAUCAAAUCACAUUUCACUUGAUGGUCGGUCCAAGAACGUCUGGAGAUCUCGAACGUUCCACUUAUCCCUUGCCGUGGGAGGAGCUGGACAACCUAUUAUCUUCGUCCCGCUUUCCUGCUCUCCGACGAGUAAUAUUUUGCUUCUGCAUUGAUGACCUCAAUUGGGAGGGUGACAAACGAGAGGCGUUCCCUACUAGGGAUCAUUUCAUGAAUUUGGUUACGUGUUAUCUUCCUCGAUUGGCUGCGAGAGAUUGUCUACGGUUCGAUUAUGCUAAUGUGUGGGAUAGGGACGCAUUGAAGGAACAAGCAAUAUAAUAACGCCUGAUGAUUGAAGAGGCUCCAUAUAAUACUGUAUACAUUGUAACUGGCCAUAUUCACGGGGCGGAACACAGAAUGAAUCUGAAUCACAAAUUUCUUAUAAU